AUGAUUCGGCCAGAAGAGAUAAGGUAUGCUAUGAAUCCUGAAGAGAGACGUGAAUGGAGGAAGAACAUUAGAGAAGUUCUAGCCAAACAUUCUGAUAAAGAGCAAGAGGUUGAUGCUGAAGAGAAGAAGGCGAAGAUGGAAAAACUCUUGGCCGAUUAUCCACUUGUUGUGGAUGAAGAGGAUCCUGAUUGGCCUGAAGAUGCUGAUGGAUGGGGGUUUAGUUUGGGUCAAUUCUUCAACAAGAUCACUAUCAAGAAUGUCAAGAAGGAUGGUGAUGAUGAUGAGAAGUAUGAUAGUGAUAAUGAGAUUGUGUGGCAAGAUGAUGAUUAUAUUCGUCCAAUCAAGGACAUUACCACUGCAGAAUGGGAGGGAACACUAUUCAAAGAUAUCAGCCACUUGAUUGUGCUAGUUCAUAAUCGGUAUAAAAGUUGA